GUCCGCCUCUGAACCACCUUAGCGAAAAUGAUCAAAGCCUUGACCUUGUUGGCUGCAGUGGCCACGGCUUCUGCCCUUCCGUCCAGUUAUUUUAUAGAUGUAUCGUGCCAAGGAGCAGAGAAUGUGACCUUGUGUGAGGCCGACCUUCAGGUUUGCAAGGACGCCUUCUCAGCCGAAAAGGAAGGGGAACUUAGGAGACACAUAUACAAGAGUUGCCUGGACGAGAACGGUUUGGACCAUCUUGAUGAUGUGGACCCCGAGAUUCUCUUCACUCCCUCAGACUCCGAGGCUCUUUCUCUCUUUGGAACCGAGGAGAAGCACGAGGCCGUGAGGAUUUGCGUCCUUCAGAAACUGGUGUUGCCUGACGGUGCAGUAGACACAGGGCCGUUCCUGGAGAAGCUGACUUUCGCCCUUAACGACACCCGUCCUGACAUCCUAGAGCGCCUUCUUGUCGCAGCGGAAUCCUGCUCAAUUGAAAACAUUGACGAGUGGAAGACGUGCGUCCUCCGGGGAUGUGUUCCAGAGGAGCCCGCGACGCCUGUGCCAACGACCGUCGCUCCUGAAGAGUGAUGGUCAGAAGAGAGGUGUAUGGUGUAGUGGUUCAAUUUGAUAAACAAGUCUCCAAAAUGAUCUGUUCUUAUUUUUUUUGUUUUUGUUAUUCAGCCCUUCUCUGACAGUCUGACGAUGGUAUUGAGUGUCUGUUAAGUAGGGUAUGUUUGUUUGUUUAUGAGCAAAUGCUUCGCCGAGUAACGAAUCUGCUUCACAUUUAGCAAGAAGGUGCUAGACAUAAGAAAAAUGACCUGCAGAACUAGUAUGAAUUAGAUUUAUACAUUCUGUAUUGUGCAUUAUAUAACCUCUUCCUUUAGACAUAAGAAAAUCUGUCGUACUAUUCGCGUAAAUGAUUUACACAAGUGCAAAAAAAAUGUAUCACCUAUAACCUAUAUCAGUUUUGUUGUAGCAGUAUGCCAUUUCAAUUUUUCUCUGAGGUAUUUCCCAAGCAAUCUUCCCCUUUCUAAAUUAUCACACGAUAAUGCAAAUUAAACCAAAUCACUUAUAUGCUUUGGCAAUUCAGUGAGUUACGAAGCCCAUCAUUAGGAAAUUAUGUAUGGUAUGCAUUCAAGACAAGUAAAUUAUGUCUCUAUAUUAUUAAACAAAGAAAAUUUAAA